GCUUCCUUUCCGACCCUACUCCGCAUCCCUCAUCUAUAUACCCCGGCUAGUGAGCCUAAACGAGUUACGCGACCGAAACCCUCAACCCUUCUCCGAGAGCGCCGCUGGACGAUAUUCAAAUAGGCGGAAUAUUACCGACCUCGAAAGAUAUAGAAACUCUAGAUGGCAUCUCCACAAGGGGGCUACCCUCCCCAGGAAGGGUACGGACAGCAGCCCGUGGCCUAUGGAGCCCCUGUUCAGCAGCCCGGGGAAGCUCCUGCUCCACAAGUCCACACCGGAGGGAGAAAGAAGAGAGCAUAUGCUGGAGAGGCCUUCGAGAUCGGUUCUGGUGCUAAUGCUGCUCUCGGCGGGCAGCCACCAGCCGGCGGUGCCUAUGGCGCAUACCCCCCUCAACAGCCUGCCUACGGAGCCGAUCCGUCGCAGAUGGCCCAAGGAUAUGCUCCGCCAGUUGCUCCGGGAGUCGCACAGAUGACCCAGCAGUUUGGUGCUAUGGGUGUAACGGAUCCUCAUCUUAUGCCGCCCCAGCAAGCGCCCCAGGCUCCCCAGGCUCCCCAGGCUCCGCGGGCAGUCCCUCUCAACCAGCUCUACCCAACCGACUUGCUCACCCAGCCAUUCAAUGUUGCUGAGCUCGAUUACCCGCCUCCUCCCAUCGUUUUGGCCCCUGGGACGAGCGUUUACCCCUCUCCUUAUGCGAACUGCCCUCCCAAAUACGUGCGCUCCACACUAAAUGCCGUCCCGACAACACACUCGCUGCUGAAGAAGUCAAAGCUUCCGUUUGCUCUCGUGAUUCAACCUUAUGCUGCCCUUCAUGACGCGGAAGACCAGGUUCCUGUCAUUCCAGACCAAGUCAUCUCUCGUUGCCGUCGCUGCCGAUCCUAUAUCAACCCCUUCGUGACGUUCCUUGACCAUGGACACCGCUGGCGUUGUAAUAUGUGCAACUUGACGAACGAUGUACCGCAGGCAUUUGAUUGGGACGCAACUCUCCAAAAGCCAGCAGACAGGGCUCUGAGGCCCGACCUCAACCAUGCAGUGGUAGAAUUUGUCGCCCCUCAGGAAUACAUGGUUCGCCCUCCGCAGCCGCUUGUUUACCUCUUCCUGAUCGAUGUGAGCUAUGCAUCGGUCACUAAUGGGCUUCUGGCAACGAGUGCUCGGUGCAUCAAGGAAAGCUUGGACCGGAUUCCCAAUGCAGACCGUCGGACAAGGCUCGGUUUCAUUGCUGUUGACUCCAGCCUUCAUUAUUUCAGCAUCCCCAGGGAUGGCUCGGAGACUUCCGAUCCACGGAUGUUGGUCGUCAGUGAUUUAGAUGAGCCUUUCCUUCCAAUUCCUGGUGACCUGCUGGUAACUCUUAGCGAGUGCCGUGAGAAUAUCGAGGUCUUUCUCGACAAGCUGCAGGAGAUGUUCCAAAACACGCAGAACAACAGUUGCGCGAUGGGGUCAGCCCUCCGUGCUGGGUACAAACUUAUUUCGCCCGUUGGAGGCAAGAUGACCGUUCUCACCUCGUCUUUGCCUAAUGUUGGCCAUGGCGCUUUGACUAUGCGGGAAGAUAAGAAAGUUCUGGGAACAAGCAAGGAGAGCAGCCUACUUCAAACCGCGAACAGCUUCUAUAAGAGUUUCGCAGUCGAGUGCUCCAAGGCACAAGUGUCUGUGGAUAUGUUCCUGUUCUCAUCUCAGUACCAAGACGUUGCGUCACUUAGCAACCUUCCCAGGUACACAGGUGGUCAGACAUACUUCUACCCUGGAUGGAAUGCCGCCCGCAGUGAAGACGCAAUCAAGUUUGCGCGCGAAUUCUCUGACUACUUAUCCUCCGAAAUUGGCCUCGAGGCUGUGCUCCGAGUCCGUGCUACCACUGGUCUCCGAAUGAGCACCUUCUACGGUAACUUCUUCAACCGUAGCUCUGAUCUUUGUGCUUUCCCAGCCUUUCCCCGUGACCAGGCGUACGUUGUUGAAGUUGCAAUCGAUGAGACUGUCACAAAGCCUGUUGUCUGCCUUCAGACGGCGGUGCUCCACACGACCUGCAACGGCGAGCGUAGGAUCCGAGUCUUGACUCUGGCGCUGCCAACCACACAAAACCUAGCGGACGUGUAUGCGUCGGCAGAUCAGCAAGCCAUUGCUACCUUCUUCAGCCACAAAGCCGUUGAACGGACACUCGGAAGCGGGCUGGAGCAAGCUCGAGAAGCCCUGCAGGCGAAGGCUGUGGAACUGCUCUCAACCUAUCGAAAGGAACUUGCAGGUGGAAGCGUCGGUGGCGGCGGUCUUCAGUUCCCUGCUAACCUUAGAGGCCUCCCUGUUCUUUUCCUCGCAUUGAUCAAGAAUCUCGGCCUUCGCAAGUCGGCGCAAAUACCGACGGAUAUGAGAUCCGCAGCUCUCUGCUUACUAUCAACUCUUCCCCUCCCUCUUCUCAUCCAAUACAUUUAUCCGAAGAUGUACUCUCUUCAUGACAUGCCCGAUAACGCCGGUUUGCCUGAUGAACAGACUGGCGAAAUCGUCCUACCGCCCCCCAUCAACCUGUCAUCUGAGCGGAUAGUCCCUUACGGCCUUUAUCUCAUCGAUGACGGUCAGACUCAGUUCCUGUGGGUUGGUCGCGACGCUGUGCCACAGCUUCUACUCGACGUCUUUGGCCUACCAGAUAGGUCGCAACUCCGGGUUGGCAAGCAGAAUCUCCCUGAGCUGGACAAUGACUUCAAUGGACGGGUCCGAGCCGUGGUGGAGAAGAGCCGGGAUCAUCGAUCAAAGGGGGUUGGCAGCAUUGUGGUGCCACACUUGUAUGUGGUCAAGGAGGAUGGAGAGCCUGGUCUUCGUUUGUGGGCGCAGACGAUGCUGGUGGAGGACAGAGCUGACCAGGGUGUCAGCCUGGUGCAAUGGAUGGGCUCACUGCGGGAGAAGGUUUGA